GGACCUGUUCCAACUUUCCUGAAAAUCUGCAGGGCAAUCGAACUCGUCAAAUCGCUUCCAAGAGCAGAAUUCUCAACUUUCUCGGGUGAAGUGACGUUUACCGACUCGUUCCAAGUUCAAACUCUGCCAAGUCGCACAGUAACAAGUAAGCGAUCAAGUUAUGUCUUGUCACGUAAAAAGUGACGAGGAAUUUGUUGAAAAGUAUGCAAAUCGUGUUACCAAUCUGCAAGGAAGUUCAACUCGGCAAAUCGCAUCUCGUCGCAAAAUCUCUCUUCUUCUGCUCGACUGAUGAGAUUCAGGCUGAUUCCAAUUUUAAAAUCUCACGAUUUUGGAAAACACUGCACUACAGUCCAAGUUGCCAGCUCCACUUGAUCCCACACCAGACCAACAAUUAAUAACUCCUCGACAUUUAUCCGUCAACGUCCAAGUUAGUCGGUGCAAGAAGAAGGGUUUUCAGUUGAGUUGGUAGGAAAACAGGAAAGAUGGCACAUGUUCCACUGUCCCCACGGUCGUUUCGAAAGGUGCAGGUUAAAUGGCAUACCUGGCUUGAAGAGAGACUUGCUAUCAGAGCGGCGGAAGCAGGAGAGGUCUUCGUGCCAACCCCACUUCCAGAACCAAAUUAUGAAGAAGCCGUGAGUCCUCCCAUGGCUCCCAUAGACCUUUCACCCCCACACGAGUACAUUGAAGAUGAACCAAGACGAGUGGAGAACGAGGAGGAGGUCGUUCUAGCUCAUCCGCCUGGAUCACUCUCGCCCAGUUACGAUGAGCUGUUUGUGGAAGUAAAGCAGCCUACGCCGGUGAAAAGGUGCUCCCCGUCAACCAACUCGCCAGUGGCAUCACGAGUAGUGAGCUCUCGUCGAAACAAAUCUCCGAGGGGGACAGCAGAAAAAAGCGAGGAGGAAGCUGCCGCUUCUUCAACGGCCGGUCCAAGAUAUGGAAAUCGAACCCGUCGCCGACCUCGAGUAAAGAAUGUGGAAAAGAAGAAGGAUGACAACAUUCGGUCAAGAUCACCUGUUCGCAAGGAGAAUUCCGUCAUCCCUUUGAAGAAAAGAGGUGCCUUGAAGAAACUCAAAACAGUGUUGGAUGUCAGCAGUGAGAGCGAGAAACCCCAGGAUAUCGAGAGCAUGGAAGGCACGAUUGAAGCUCGGAUGGCUGCCGGUGCUAUUGGAAUGGGAGACGAUGAACAGGGUGGUGAAAUAGAGGAGCAUGACGACCACGCUCGGGAUCGCGAAGCUGACGAAAUUCCAAAGUAUGUGGCAGAGAUGAAGGGUCAUCUCACGCGACUAACCAGCAGCCUUGCUGGCGACGAGGGUAGAGUAAAGUCUUUCCACCGCCUCUUGGUGCGCGAGCUCCUCCCCGCCAUGACCUUGCCGGAGCUGAAACUUGAUUUGUGGCAGGUCUUGGUCGCCGUAACUGAACAGCCCUGAUCCAGCCGUCGUCCGUUCCAGAAGAAGUUUAAACUAUUUCAGAAACUAGUCAACUUUUUUUUGACAUUUGUUAAUUAUCUAUUGGUAGAUAGUUAAAGGAUUAAUUAAUCAAACAUUAUUAAGUAACCAAUUCCAAAUUAAAUAUCUGGAGUUCUUAAUUAAAGAUUAGUAAUUCCUACUAAAAGCUUGUAGUACAAUUAUUUGAGGUUGUGUUAGUAUAGCAAAUGUGAUAUAUUAAUUAUAAUACAAAUUGGAGAUUAUAAUAUAAAUUGGAAACCAGUUUAUAUUAACUGAUAUUUGUUGACAUGUUAAUAAAGGAUUACUUGACUUGACUUGAUAAUAUUUAUAUUACAAUUAUACUGAUGGUUUACAAAAAAGUGGUCUCUUGUUAUGUUAAUAAAAAUUGUGUCACAUGCUGGAAA